GUCUGCUAGCAGUGCCAGAGUGUUAUUCGUUAUAUCAUAUAGUACUUGUUCUCUUGAAAUAUUGGAUAUAAAAAGACAUUUUAGCUGAUCUGUGGAAUUUUGUAAUUCAUAUUUGGAUAAUUUGGAUAAUUUAAAGAAAUGUGGACUAAUCGCAGACUCGGGUGUUUGGAAUGGCUGUGAUGAGCCGUGAGUCUUUAAAUUUAAGUUUUAUUAGGAUUUAUUUCAUUCAGUCUACGGCAAACAGACGGAACAAUGUUGUUACCGUGUAGUGUACUGGCGCUAAUAAGCCUGACAGUGUGUAUCCAUGGUGAUCAGGAUCUAUCCACAGUGCAGAUGGCAGAAAAUGAUACUGCCACGCCAACACCUCUUUUAAACGUAAAUGAUGGCUUACCCGAUGCCACUGCCUAUCUCGGAAGAAUAUUUGAAUAUUCAUUAGCCGAUAAUGCUGUUUUUGGAAAUUCCUCUUUUGAAAUAAAGGUGUCUGAGGCCAUUGGUUCUAGUCUUCCCGGAUGGUUAUUAUAUAACUCUAACCGACGACAGUUGAUUGGUGUGCCAUCUACGCAAGAUGUCGGAGAUCACUAUAUAUCCGUAGAAACUGUGUGUACAAACUCAGCACCAUGUUUUAAAGAUGUCUUCUUACUCUCAGUGAAAGACAGCCAUUAUGGAUUUAAACAAAACAAUCCCCAUUCUUCCAAAAGUGAAACGACAGACAAUACGCCACAUGGGUGUGAGAAUGAAGUCGUUAUAACUAAUAUUGUGUUCUGUGUUUCUCCCGAUAAACUUGAAGCUUACGACAGGAUAAAACUUAUAUCGGAUAUGUCCAAAUUCCUUUCACUCGAUGCUUCUAAACUAAUGUUAAUUCCCUCAACUGGUCAGAAGUUACGAGCUCUUGAAGAUGGAUUUCAGAUUGUCUCUGCUGGACCAGGGAAUGCUGGACUCUGUGAUGAGGAAAGAAAUGUGGAACUCUCGUGGGAAAUAUCUUGUUCUACUUUAAAACAUAUUGGUGAUUUUGUUUCCAUAUUGCAGCACAAUAUUAAAGUUGGUAGAAUUCAAAAAGAGUCUGGUGUGGAGGUUGUUGGGUGGUACAUAGCGUCCUCUAAUUCCCUGUCUACUACCUUGAAUAAGAGAAAACGAAGGAGAGCCUGGAGGACUCCUGUACCAACCCCAGUUCUCUCACCAGUAACCCCCACCAGAGUCCAAACUACAUCCACAAUAGUUCCAACAACAAGCUUUAACCCUUCUUUAACUCACACAGUGUACCAUCCCGGUAAUCUCCCCACAAUUCAGAUUGCUUUCAGGUCCACAGAGUCAGCAUCUGCUUCCACUUCUUCCGGUAGCUGGUCCAGGGAUCAAAUUUUACCAACACAAACCAAGACAGUUUCUGCUUCUUCAACCCACGUGCCUUAUGAAAGCAUGACAAACAUUGGUGCCCACACAACUACUAAAUCUAAAGCUUUCUCUCCGUCCAUAGCAAUUCAUAGUUCUAGUGUUGUGACACCUACUCCUAGUGGAGCCUAUUUACCCACAACAUCCUACAUUGAUCCAGAAAUCCCAAUUCAUUCAGGAUCAUCCGGUGAAUCUCCUGGUCAGCCCAUGGAAACCAAACCAACAACCAUGAAACCAAGAAGUAAAACGGUUACAUAUACUUACAGUUCAUCGGAUCUUUAUCCAUCAACAACAGAUACAACCGCAUCUGAUACUGAUCCAGGGUAUCAAUACACCAGAACCAAACCACUGCUGCCCAUUGAAACCACAAAAGUUCAAACCACAAAUGUUGUCUUUGAAACAACACUGACACAAACUCCUCAAACUACGAAGACAUCCACUGUACCCACAACAUCUUCCAUAGAAGAAGGUUCAGCAAACGAUGCUAUUGAGGGCUCAUCAUCAUCAUCUGGAGACCAAAUUGAAGAAGGAUCUACACCAGAGUCCGGAGAUAGUGCUAUUUAUACCACGGAUGAUGAAGAUGACUUAAAGAGUAGAAAACCUGGAUCAAUUUCAAGCUCUGGAAUUAGUGGGGAUUUUAGCAGUUCAUUGAUAUACCUCCCAUAUCCUGAUGAAGGUGGAAUAGUCUUUGAAAAUCAACCUACAGACAUAGUUGUGCCGACUUAUGAGUCAUCAUCUAGAUCUGAUAUUCCAAUGUUUGUAACAGAGGCUACAUUCACCACAAUGUCCUCUAGUGUAUUUGAUCUUCCCAACUUUAUUCCAUUAUUCCCAAAUAAUAAUGAGGGUACUGGAGAUGCCACAACCCACAGUCAGGAAUUAACCUCUCACACAUCAGGGAGCAGUGGUGUUGUUAUUGAAGAUGACAAAACUUUACCACCAUUUUCUGGACAAGGUAGAACACAGAUGUCAGGAGCUGAUAGAGAAACUUAUCCAGGGACUGAGAGGUCUCCAUUUCCAAGAACUGAUUGGGGAACAGCUUCAGGAGCACCAACCACAUAUUCAACCACUUCCAGACAAAAUAUUAUCAUUGAAGAUAUGGAUUCUGGUUCUUCAUCCAGUGUUGAUAAUGAAGUCAUCAGUGGUGACAGGAUAAGUCAUUCAACCACAGCAGCAUCCAUGUCUUCCACCACUAAUCCUAAACCUACAGGAUCCGAUGGACAAGUGAACUGGUUUUGGGAGAGGAUAUCAACUACCAUCCAUCCUAGUAUGCGACCAAAGACAACAUUUUAUGGUUAUGGACCAACAGAACCUGUUACACUGGGAGCACCACAACAUGUCACAGAAUCCACGACUAGAGCUCUGAUACAUCAAACUCACGAUCCUAUCACAGAGACGUCAACACUAUUCUCAAAGGUUACAGCCAAACAAAAUAACAACCGGAAAAAUAAAAAUAAGAAGAAAAAUAAAAAGAAGAAGAACAAAAAGAAUAAAACCACUACUGCUGAUUACUGGGAUUGGAAAACUCUACCAGCAAAUAUGACAACCCCACCUACUGUAUGGCCAGAAUCUUCAGCCAGUAACCACAAACCGUACCUGGAAAACUCCAUCGACUACAUUGAAGCUACCUUGGGAGAGUACUUCGAGUACCAAAUUCCACGAAACGUAUUCUAUGAUAUUGAAGAUGGCGAUACCCAGAGUUUACAGUUAUCUCUAUCUUUACCUUACAACCAACCUCUUCCACCAACUUUCUGGUUACAGCUGGACCCCAAGAAACAGAUCAUCAAAGGUUUACCAUUGGCGGUCGAUCUGGACACAGGCUACCAAAACAUAAACCUCAUUGCCAAAGACAAGGGGAGCUUAACAGAAACAGAUUCUAUCAAACUUUUUGUGAAUUCUUCAACAUUUGGGAAAUUCAGUCACAAAUUUAUCAUGACUUUCGGUGUAGACUUUGCGACUUUUAUGAAUGAUCGAAGUAAUUUGAAUAAUUUGUUGAGCUUGAUAGCCAGUUAUUUUGGUGACGAUCGAGUUGAUAAUCUUACCGUUUUGGAUGUUUCGGUUGGAUCUUUAAUAGUGACUUGGACAAAUAAUACCCUUAAUGGUGACGAAUGUGAUAAUAGCUCUGUCAACAGCUUGCUGAAUCGCAUGGUCAGAAAAGAUGGUUCAAUUCGAACAUCGUUCACACGUCAUUUCGGCAAGGAUUUACCCGUGCAAGAACUGGAAUAUCAGGCGUCUGGUGCUUGUGCUCAAACGACCACAACAAUGAGCUACACAACCUUCCUUCCAGAACAAGCUGAUACUCCAGGACUGAGUAUCUGGGCUCAGGUGGUCCUGCCUGUCAUGGUGUCCUUAUUAGUUUUGUUACUCAUCAUACUUCUGGUUUUACUCAUCAACAGACGGCGGAAGAAGAAACCCGAACCCACCGCCUGGGAUAAACCUGUGUUUAAUAACGACAGAAAUCCAAUCAUAUUUCCCGAUGAAUUGGAGCGCGAGGAAGCAAGCCUGAAACCCAAAAAGCCAACUACUCUGUCGUCAGAUGUAAGUGGUUCAUUAUCAUCCGGAGGAUCAAGGAAUUCCAGACCAUUCUAUUAUUUUGAAGAAGAUCCGGAAUCAAACGAUAGUACGUUAAACUCUGAGAGAAGCCGAACGGGUUCCAAUAAACGACCUCCCAAGGCUCCUCCUCCGUAUUGGCAGCCACAUUCGGAACCACCGCCUUACCGUCUCCCCCCACCAUACGCCCCAGCGCACCAAACAAAUGUCUAAUUUAAUUAAUCAAAGAAACAACUAUGAAAAUAUCAGGGUUUUUAAAUGACAAUUUGUCUUUGACUUCUAUUUAAAUGGAAUGUCAUUUGUUUGUAAUUAUAUACAAGUGAUAUGCAGCUAAGAUCAAAAUCGUUUUUGGGGUGUUGUCGAAUCGUGGGUUGAAAUACCAUUAAUAGCAUCAUCACUGCUUGACUCAUCAGUUAAAGAAUGAGUGUUAAUUAAUUGUUUUGUUAAUGAUGUGAUUGUAAAAUAAUUUUCAUCGUGUAUAUUUUAUUCUACGCAAAAAUUGAAAAAGUACUAAGCUCGUAAAUUUUAUCUUUUGUCUUAUAUUAAUUUGUAGCUUAACGCUAAUGAUUGUCAUAUGUAUGUUUUAAACAAUAUUAUAUUUUUCACAACUUAAUGUACGCUAAAAUGUACAAAAAUUGACUACCAUAUUUAGCAUUUAAUUAAGAAAACCAACCAAAAUUAUCCACAGACAAUAUUCUUCCAGUUUGGAUUCAAUCGGAUUAUUAAAGAGGCCUACUAAAAGAUUUUAGUGAUACGUAAAGGUCAAGGUCGCAUUGGGUAAUUAUUAUUAAGGUUUAUAAAACUGUUAAAACGGCCACAACUUUUAAUCAAAAUGGUCAUAGAUUGAUCAUCAAUCAAACUGAUUGAUUAAAGCAGCUAAGUCUCUAACUCAAUAUCAUCCAAAAUCUUCAACAUUGAAAACAUGAAUUAUUUGUCAAUCUAAAUCAACAUUCAUGUUGUGAUCUUACCGCAAAAGGAUGGGCUUUUGAUAUCCAAUAUUUAAGACAAAAUAAACAUUUUACCAUUGGUACACGAAUCGUGUACCAUAAUGCGUUUCAGCCCCAGUUCUAGCGAGAGACUCGAGGAACGAGGCUAGACAUAUUGCACCAAAUCAAACGACGUAUGUAGACUGGAAUAACCAGACGCUAGAAAUUGCACUCGCUUGAGAAUGUUGGCUUAUUUCGCCGAACAUAACUGAUUUGAAAUUAAAGUAAAAACGGAAACCAUUGAAUGUAAAACAGUUUAUAUACAUUCAUAUUACAGUAUUAUAUGCGUUGCGACCCACUUUUGUCAAUUUCUAGGUCCCAAAUGUUAGCGAUUUAGCUCCUUUAAGUAUUUGUUAUUUAUUAUGAAUCCAAUGAAUUAUUUAUUUAAAUAAAUUAUGAACACAUUUUUGGAUGUGAAUUUGGUUUGUUUUGAUUAUGACCAUAGAUUGUCUGCAGAGUUUGCAAAAUUUUUAAUUCACCAAAUCGUUGUAAAUACUAAAUAAAUUUGGAUUGAUAUUCCUUUUAGACAUUCGUCUUUCAACAACAAGGAAUUCUAAAUCCCUCAAAUUCUGAUCAGAAUUUAACUGUUCAGAACAUUUCUAGUCAUCUAAGUUUUACAACUUUGUUUGAGUUUUACACAAAUUCGUUUGAGUUUUACACAACUUUGGUUUGAGUUUUACACAACUUUGUUUGAGUUUUACACAACUUGAAAUGCUAUACAUAAUUUUUACCUAAUUUUUAAUAUAGUCAACUAAAGAUAUUUUUUUUA